CGGGUGUGACGUGCCUGUCAAUGUCGCUAAUUGACAAACAAACGACGAUGAGGUAGUGUCAUCGCUGCAAGUCAGUGCUGCUGCUGUUGACACGUCAAGAAGGUAUAAGUAUCGUGCUCUGCUUGCUGCUUUUGUACCUCAUCUCAUCAUUCCAUUCUCAUCACAUCUUCUCUACUGCCACCACAUCAAACAACACUUUCUACAAACCCACCAAACACACACAAUCAAUAUGUCUGCCGAGUACACUCCCGAGACCUCCACUGGCGUCGCCAGCGACAACGACUACGCCAGCCGUACUGGUCAGAACGAGAUCCCCGUCCAGAAGGACGAGGCUGCCAUCGAGGACCCCAUUGACCCUGACACUGCCGACUCCGACAAGGUUCUUGAGCAAGAUGAGAAGGCUGCCAUGAACGAGGACAACAUCCUUGACGAGCGCACCCGUGGUGCUGCUAAGCCCAAGGGUACUUAUACCGAGCCCGGAGAUGAUGAGGGUCUUCCUGGACCUGAGGACGGCACCUCUGCUGUUGCCCAGUAAAUGCUUCUCAAAGUCAUUAUACCCUCUCUCGACUUUGAUGGCGUAUGAAUAGCGAUGGAUAAGCGAUGUACUAUUAGUUAAUCACCUUUAUGAAUUGAUGUCACGUUAUCAACCUUGU